AUGGCGUCGUCCACUUCUUCACCGAAUCCUGAAAUUGUUCCUCCACAUCCUGCACCGAAUGAGCUCUACAAGCUCACCGGCAUCGUUGAUGGCUUCAAGCCUUGUCCACCGCCUUAUCUUCUUGAUCCGAUCUAUCGCCCUACUGUAGCUCCUAAUCCUGCCUAUGAAGCUUGGUAUGAGAAGGAUCAAAAUAUCAUGAUUUGGCUUAACUCCACCCUUUUUGAAGAAAUUAUUCCAUUUACUGUUGGUGUGACUUUAUCUUGUGAUCUCUGGCUUAAUCUUGAGAAUCGAUUCGGAGAUGUUUCUGCGGCUCAUAUUCAUCAACUAAGAUCUCGUUUACACUAUGUCACCAAAGGUAAUCUCUCAAUUUCUGAGUAUCUGCAAAGCAUUAAAGGUAUUUCUGAUGCUUUAAUGGCGGUUGGAUCACCAGUCUCUGAUCAUGACCUAAUUGCUGUCACUCUCAAUGGCUUAUCUGAUGAAUAUGAAUCCUUCAUUGAAUCUAUUAUGCUACGAAUUUCAUCAACUACUCUGGAUGAACUUCAUGGUUUGUUGAUCAACAAGGAAUUAUUCAUGAAUCGCAAAAAGAAGGGCACUGUUUCUUCUGCUCAAGAGCCUUUUCAGGCCUUUGCCGCUCAAUCUCAGGGCCCUCUCCUUCCUACAUCAUAG